CUUUUAGUGUCUUCCUCACAAAAUCUUUUAAUAGAUCAAUAGAUUCUUAGAUUCAGUUCACUCAUAGAUACAUGCAUACAUACAAACAAAGCUAUACAACCUCGGUAAAAACCACUCUUCAGUCUAUUUAAUGUCAGUAAGAAACUAAAGAAAUGAGCUCAUCAAGUGGGAUCUUAGGUUCAGUUCAGCUGAAUUCCAUCAGCCAGCAUCAUCAAAUUCACAUUCCUAAUGCUUCACACAGUAACUCACCACAACCGCGAUCAUUAAACCUACCUCGUCAAGAUCUACUCGAUGAUGGAAGAAGAGAAGAAUUCCUUGAAAUCUGUUUUCCCCUCUACAAAGCAUCAAUGGCGGGUGAUUGGGAAAACGCUAAAGACAUUUUAGACAAACGUCAAGAGCUGGUAAGGUUUAGCAUCAAUAGAAACAAUGAAACAGCACUUCACGUUGCAGCGUAUAGAGGAAACACCUUUUUUGUGGAAAAUCUGGUGAGGUUGAUGGAAAACGAGGACUUGGAGCUUCGGAAUAGCAGUUCCAACACUGCUUUAUGUUUAGCAGCUGUAGCUGGACAUGUUAAAGUGGCUAAGAUUCUGGUUAACAAGAACAAGGCCUUGCUCGAUAUCACUGGUAGUCAAGAAAAGAUGCCACUUUACAUGGCAGCUUUAUCGGGAAAGAAAGCUAUGGUGAAGUAUCUGUAUAAAAAUUCAGAAAGAAUGACUAGCGGUUUUUGGACAGAUGAGAGUCGGGGAUGUGUUCUCUUGGCAUGUGUUGAGGCUGAGCUAUUUGAUGUCGCGCUACAAAUAGUGAAAGAUCGUCCAGAACUUGCUGUGAGCGAAAGAAGUCUACUUGGAGUUCUAGCACGUAACUCUGGUGCAUUUAGGAAACAAUAUAAUUUGAUCCAAAGAAUUGUUUUCCUACGCGAUGGAUAUGACGGACUUGUUAACGAGGGAAAUCAAGCCAUGGAAUUGCUUAGAAUCAUUUGGGGACAUAUUAUGAAAUUGCCCAAAACUAAAAUUGAUGACAUGGUAAGAGGGUCUCCUGACCAGAUUACGGAUGAUAAGUACUAUUCCUCCAGUGUACUAUUUGUAGCUGCAGAAAUGGGCAACACAGCAUUUGUAGUCGAGCUAAUUCGUCAAUAUCCAGAGCAAGUACUAGCACUAAAUGAUAACAAGCAAAGUAUUUUUCAUGUUGCUGUAACACAUCGAUAUAGGGGUAUCUACUCCCUAUUGCAUGUUCUAGGCUCAAUGAAGGAAUCAAUAGUUGAUCUUGAAGACGAAAAUGGUAAUAAUAUGUUGCAUUUAGUCGGGAUCCUCAGCAAGACAACAAGGAGUGAUUAUCUAUUGAAGGACAUUCCAGGGCCAGCUGCACAACUGCUAACAGAUCUAGCAUGGUUCCAGAGUGUGUGUGGUAUACUCCCUCCUUCCCUUCGAGAAAAGAAGAACAAAGCUGGCAUACGACCACGUGAAUUAUUUAACGAGAAUCAUAAAGAGCUAGUUGCAAGAGGCGUGGAGUGGACCAAAAAGAUAUCAUCUGAAUUAAUGGUGGUUGCCGCACUUAUAGCAACCAUAAGUUUUGCAGCCUGUAUUACAUUUGUAGGUGGAUACAACCAAGACACAGGUAAGCCUGUGUUCACUGAAAACAAGCACCUUAAUAGCAUUCUUCUAUCGAAUGGUGUGUCUUUUAUAUUGGCUUCCACUUCAAUUUUCUGUUUCUUAUCCAUCAUUAGCUCUCACUAUACAGAAACUGCUUUAUUUAGAGUAUUAUUCAUUAAGCUCACAUUUGCUAUGGCAUUUCUUGCCGAGUCGAUCAUAUUUGUGAUAGCUGCUUUCUCAUACAACUUCAUUCUACUCUUCCCAAAAAAGUAUAUACAGUCACAAUAUCUUUUGACUACACUCUCGUACAUGGUAAGUUUUCUAUUUUUGUACUGGUUGAUUGGACGCCAGUAUUGGUUUCUUGCGACUAUCAUAUUGGAUGAUAAGUUUCUUCCUCCUAAACAAAUAUUGUUUUAGAUUUAUCACUGCGUGCUCCUUCCAACCAUAAAUCUCACUUUAAUUAUGAGGUAAGUUCCGAAGACUAUCAAUUUAGAUUUGGUGAUUUUUAUAUGGAUGGUUAAUUAUGUAGCUUUUCGAAGACGUACGUAAUUAUAUAUAUUUUUUUUCUGUAUUACUACCAUGAGGUGAAAUAUUGUAAUAAUUCGAUUCGAUUUG